AUGGAGUACGCUAUAAGUCGAGAUCGGUGUGGUGGCUUCCUCUCAAAUCCAUCUGGGUCACUUUCUAGCCCGUAUUACCCUGGAAAUGGUCUCAUCACACAGUGUGUCUGGGAAAUACAAAUAGAAUAUAAUCGCAUAGUACUAGUCUUCUCUUAUGUUAGUUUGAACUGCUUUCAGGAAUUUAUUGAAAUCUACAAUGGACCCAUGUAUGCAUCACCCUUACUUGGGAAAAUAUGUAAUGGGUCAAAUCUCAGCUAUGUAUCAUCUUCAAACACACUGACAGUUCUAUUACACAGAGACUCCUAUAACUCAGGAUAUGGGUUUUCUGCUUAUUAUUACUCUAUGUUCCCAGAGUCUUCUACAGCUGCACUGAUGACACCAGAUACAGCUCUUCCAAGUACUUCACCAACCACUAUAAAUUCAAUAAAUGGCUCGUGUGGUGGCUACCUUUCCACAGCUUCUGGAUCAUUCUCCAGUCCAUUCUUCCCUGGAAACUAUCCAGUGAAUGUACAAUGUAUCUGGAGAAUAGAAGUCAAGAACAAUUAUUAUAUCAGACUCAUCUUUAAGCAUCUUGAGCUAGAAGUUUCAUAUAAUUGUGCUUAUGACUUUGUUGAAGUCUAUGAUGGUCCUCUGAAUACAUCUUCUCUACUUGGGAGGAUUUGCGAUGGUUCAAAUUACACAUUUACAUCAUCUUCAAAUACAAUGACUGUUCUGUUUUCAAGUGACUUUAGUUAUACAAGAAGUGGAUUCAGUGCUUACUAUGAUUCGUUUCCAGAAAAGAACAAUGAUACAGCACUGUCAUGUUCUGGACAGUAUAUGCGUGCAGUCAUUAACAGAACCUAUCUGCAGUCAUUGGGCUACAAUGCUUGGGAUGUUUAUCUGAACAACUCGUCCUGUGGGCCACAACAGAUCACGGAAAACUAUGUUAUAUUCAACAUACCUUUUACUGGAUGUGGUACAAUAAGACAGGUGAAAAAUAACACUAUCAUGUAUUCCAAUGUAAUCAGAACAUCUCCUUCUGAUUAUAUUAUCACAAGGAAAAACAACUUUCAGUUUCACGUUACCUGCAAAAUGAACCAGGACACAAUGGUAGAAAUAAUGUAUGUUGCCAAAGGUGAUAUUGACAUAAGUGAAACCCAGCAUGGCAGAUAUGACGUGAAUAUUUCAUUUUAUGAAUCAUCAAAUUUCUCAAAUCCAGUUUACAAUUCCCCAUACUAUGUUGACCUAAACCAGGAUUUAUUCCUUCAAGCCACUCUCUACAGUUCCGAUUCAAACCUGGUGAUGUUUACAGACACGUGCAUGGCAUCUCCAUAUUCUGAUGACUUCACAAACCUGACUUACGUUUUAAUCAGGAAUGGAUGUAUAAGAGAUUCCACCUACAGCUCGUACUAUUCACCAAUGGGAUACAUUGUUCGUUUCAAAUUCAAUGCCUUCAAGUUUCUCAACAGACAUGCUGCCAUUUACUUGCAGUGCAAGAUAGUUGUAUGCAGUUCAUAUGAUUAUUAUUCUCGGUGCUAUCAGGGAUGUUUAGGGAGGCGCAAGAGGGAUACAAGUCCUUACCAGGAAAAAAUAGAUGUUGUUGUGGGUCCAGUCCAGCGUAAAAAAGAAACCAAUGAGGACAGAAAAUCUGGUAAUUUAUUUUAUGGCCUUUUCUCUUGCUGUAUCUAAGUAUAAUUUUACAUAAAUGUGAUACUUAAAGGAUAUUGUAUGUCAUAUUCUUUGCUUACUUUUGGGGGAGGGUUAGCUCAGUGGUUUAAGCAUUGGCCUGCUAAAUCCAGGGUUGUGAGUUCAAUCCCUGA